AAAGAUCGGCUUUAUGAUCAUCGCCAUGGCGGUUUGUUGGAGCCAGCGGUGACAUACUGCGAGUUGAGCUGCGUUAAUUGGCUGCGCAAUUUUACAUUUACUUGUUCGCGCAAGUUACCAAGCAACUGCAACGUCACUGAUUUCAAAGUCACAUGUGAACGUCAUUGAGUGUUACUGCCACAAAAUAAUAUAAACCAAUGGUAUCACAUCAGGUUAGUGAUGGGUAGAGACAAAACAGCAUGUCCCUCCCACAGAUUAGUUUGUGGUAAUGCAAUUUCUUAUCUGUGCAGCAUUACAUCUGAAACACGGUAAACUGUAAGAUUCUGUGAUGGAUAAUGUUUCAGUUAUUACUAUGUUUACUCUGUCUGGGUUAAAUGGGACAACAAACUACAGAGUUACUCUCUUUGCGCUCACUUUGCUGUGUUAUUGUCUGAUUUGGUUGGUAAAUGUGACCAUUAUUGUGACAAUUAUUAUGGACAAAAGCCUUCAUGAACCCAUGUACAUCUUCCUCUGUAAUCUGUGCAUCAAUGGACUUUAUGGGACAGCAGGAUUUUAUCCCAAAUUUCUCAUGGAUCUUCUAUCCACCACUCAUGUAAUCUCUUACGCUGGAUGUUUCCUGCAGGGUUUUGUGUUGCACUCUUCAGUCUGUGCUGAUUUCUCUAUUCUAGGCCUAAUGGCCUAUGACAGAUAUGUGGCUAUAUGUCGACCUCUGGUAUACCACUCUGUGAUGACUAUACAAAGAGUUUGUGUGUUUUUGUUUUUAGCUUGGCUUGUUCCAUUUUACCUGUUGUUCCUGAGCACAAUAACCACAUUAAGAUCGAGGUUAUGUGGCUCACACAUACCUAAAAUCUACUGUAUUAAUUUUUUGAUUGGUAAACUAGCUUGUUCUGCCUCCAUAGCAAAUGUUAUUGUUCCAGCUUUUAAUUAUACUUUUGGUUCUGGCCUUGUUAUUUUUGUUGUUUGGUCUUACAUAUAUAUAAUCAGAACAUGUUUAACAUCCAAAGAGAACAGGAGUAAAUUUAUGCAAACAUGUUUGCCACAUUUAUUCUGUUUAAUUCUUUUUUUUGGAUCUCUGGCUUUUGAUCUAUUAUAUGUGCGAUUUGGGUCAAAAGAUAUAUCACAAAGUGUUGAGAAUUUUAUGGCAAUAGAAUUUCUUGUUGUCCCUCCAAUAAUAAAUCCCCUGAUCUAUGGUUUCAAAUUGACACGAAUAAGAAAUCGAAUUCAAAGUUUUAUGUGUGGUAAAAGUUCAGUUUUUAGACAAAAGUCAUGAGUUGGUCUGCAAAGAUAAAAAUCUGUGUAUGUAUGUGAUUUGGGAAAAAUAUCUAAAUCAAUCUAACAAUAUAGUAUUGUUGUGUCAGUAGACAAUGUGACAUUUAUACAUAACCACCAUUCCAGGUUGUAUGAUAUAAAAGUGCCAACACAGCACUUAAAGAAUGAAAGAAAGCAAUUUAGUUUGAACAGUCUGUGUCAAUUAUGUUUUUAGCCAUAUGUUCCUUUCAAUAAAUCUGAUCAUAAAAUGUAUAGCCUACAUUUUACAUAGCUGUGUUUCAAAACUUAUCUUACAUGAGUUGUGGGGAAUUAAAAGAGAAAGUGAUGCAAGGAAUUAAAUUUCGGAAAAUAAA